UACGUUAUUUUGUGUGUGUAAAACCUUUAGUGUGGUGAAAAUUUAGGAUGUCACCUAUAAUUCAAACAGCUGAAAAAUGGAUGAUUUUGAAAUAGAAUAUAAAAAUAAUGAUGAUGACAGUAUUUUGACGGAUAAUGAGAAUCCAGAAAUAUUGGAAGCGGAUGCUGUGUACCUAUUAAUGAAAAAAGAUGUACCAGUAUCCAGAGCGACACGAUUAUUAUGGCUAAUCAAUCAUUUAGGACAUAUUGUUGAUUUACCAAAAUUAAACGAUGAAUGGAAUUGGCUGGAUUCGAAAAAUGAUUUGGAAUUGUUAUCGGUGGUGCCAGUCGAACCAACACCCGUCUAUUGGAGUCCUGAAUCCAAUCACUUGUUUCGUUAUAAAAUAACCACACAAACUAAAGCCUGGUUUAUAGCGCAUCGUUAUAAAUUAACCAUCUGUUUGGAUAUGAGUCCAUCCCAGUCGGUUGUUGAUAUCCAACGUGGUUUACUCCUUCUCGAUCAAAUGGUUGAUUCAUUUAAACAUGCCUUACUUCAAAUUGUUGAACCGAUUAUAAUACCAGGAAGUUGCAUUGAAAUAAAGCCACAUUUGUACAUAACAAUAAUAGCACAUACGCCAUUUUUUACAACGCCUGCGCAACAAGUUCUAAUCAAAGGUGUACGUUUAUCAUCGAAAAAUAUUUCAACAAUCCUACAAACAAUCGAACAACAAUUACGUGUGCUUGAAUUGAAAAUAUCAAAAGUAACAACGUUGGCGCAUGAGCAAAUUGAAGCGCAACAAAUUGAAAAUGAACAAUUGAUGGGUGCAUUGUUUGAGGAGGAUGGUGCUAUGAAACCACCGAACAUACCAAUGGUCUCACCGGAUGCUAGUUUUAUUAAUAUGUUACGAUAUUCAAUGCUGGCUUUAUCACUUUUACCGGAGUUUAGUUUAGGCAAUAUAAUUGUGGUUACUGACGGAGUGAUUUGUAUGCCGGAUGUAAAUAUUUUAGAAUCUCUCUUACAGCAAUUACAUUAUGAUAGCACAGCUGUCUCAUUUUUAAUGAUUGGUUCGUCCUUUCAUCCCCAUUGUAAUUUUGGGUAUGUCGCUUAUCGAGAUAUUUUACACUUUAUUUCGAAAGCAACACUUGGUUUUUAUGCAGAAAACUAUUAUAAUAAUGGAAAUAUAGCAUUAGCAUCGAAUUCGAUAUGGAACAAACAAAUUUUUUUAUGGACUUAUAACAGUGUAGUUUUUAAUAAAAUUACAAAUAACGUUGAUUAUAAUUAUGGCGAAUGGUCUACAACUAAUACUAUUUUCCAUGGCACUAAAGUACCUGUUUUAUUGAAAAAGAAACAAGCGGAGGAUAAAUUAAACGCUUCUUUAAUAGUUAUGCUUAGUAGAAGACUUAGAGAGGGAUAUAUUUUAGAUAGUAUUUUCUACGAGAAUAAUAGACUGGAGAUAUCGUUGAGUCUUCCUUGGAAAACGCAUACAUAUCUAAUAUACACAUUAACCACACAAUGGCCCUCAAUUCAAACUCUAGUCAAUUUUCAAGUCAGCAUCAAAGCACCCUACGAAAGUUUACAUGACACCACAUGUCCAAUCAAGAAACAAUUAAAAUCGGCAUAUCGUCAAGCGGUCGUUGAACGAUUUUGGUCAGCAAUUAGUCAAUUAACAACAGCGGAUACACCAAUGGCCCAACAUUUUAAUUCGUUCACAACAUCGAACAUAUGGUUUAUAUUACCGGAAAGUGUACGAAAUGGUAUGCCUGUUUUUACCGUUUUACCGAACGUUACUAUUGAAACAACGAAACGAUUGUUUGCCGCUAACGAUAUUGCAUUUCCAAAAUUUAGUUCGAUUUGGCAACCGAUAUGCCAACUAGAAAAUACACAUUGGCGAAAAUGGUUUCAUAUACAUCGAAUUUGUGUUAUUUUACAUCAUGAUCAACCAUUACCCGCUCAUCUGCAUUUAGCCAACUCUUCUGGACGAUUUACUAUGGUUCAAUGUCGACAAGCCGUAGCUGCCUUAUACGAUACGCUGUCCGGUUGGGCAUCAUUUGUAUUAAUCGAUAAUCAAAUUUACGUAAAAUUUUUAUACCGAGGCGAUGAAAAAACUCCUUCAUGGUUUUGUGUAAUUCGAAUUACAUCGAAACUACCGUGUCCUGUACUUAUUCUUGCCUUUAUCACUGGAACACCUGGCCAAGUUCGAAAUCAGGUUUGUGAUGAUUUAAAAAGUGAGCUACGUCAAUUAACAUAUUCGGUUCGAGCGAAUGCUUCCUUACAAGAUAACGAUAAGUCACCCUCCAAAUCGAAGGAAAGUACUUGCUGUACCAUUCUAUUAAAACCAUUGGAAAAAAUUUUAAUCAGGUAUGAGAAAAUGCCGCUCGAUUUAACAACGGUGGUGUUUCCAGAUGGCACUCAACCAACCUUUGAUCCGUAUGCAUAUUUACCUGCCCCGACAACAGCUGCAUUGUUGACAACAUUGUCGCGUUAUUUACAUCAUCGACGUUGGGUUUGGGGCGUCUCAUAUCCAACAAAUCCACAAUUGUCGCAUGUAGCUGUUGCCAAAAUAUUAAAUACAAUUACAAAAAUGCGUUUAAAAGAAGGUUUCAGUUUUGCGCACAGUCAAUCUGGAAUCAUAAAUAUGGUUCUAGAAGUUGAGAUGCGUUCCUUUGAUGACAAUAAUUCCGAGAAUGGUGAAAAAUUAGGACGAUGUAUUAUACAAUAUGUUAUGUUCCCCCCUCACAAUGCUGUCUGCAAGAAAAUUGAUCAAAUGUACGAAUUAAUUAGUGAUUCGGAUGAAGAAACCACGGAAUACGAAAGUGAAUCAAUUGAAGAACUUCAAAUGGUUACUGAAGUAUGGGUGGAACCACAAAAUGGUUUUGUCACAAAUUGUCCACCCGAACGAAGUUAUUUAGAAGGUGAACCCUAUCAUCGUAUUGCCGAAGUGAUUGGAAAUAUUGACGCGAAAUGUAUUUCGUCAUUAUUGACGGUGGAACAUUUAAGUUUAAUGUGCCAUCAAAAACGUCAAUAUCAGUAUCAAAUUUCCUCUGAUAUUAAUUUUCAUCAUGAGAGACAACAUUCGUAUUUUAUUGAGACUCAUCCGGAAGCUCAUAUUUAUCAAUUUUCGACGAAUUCGAUAUUAGCUUUAGCAGUGAUAAAUUUUAGAAAGCUCAUAAGAUGCCAAUUAGCAUUACCCAUAAUCGAAGAACGAAUCCAUAAAAAACCAUUUGCGUUUAAUCUAAUGAACAUAUUACCAAAAUGUCGUCAAGCAAAAUUAUUAUUUUCAACGUUUCUAGAAUUCGAUAAUAAUAACUGUGAUUCGAAUGUUAAAACACCAAAUUUACUGUUGUUAGAAUCGUUGUUCAUACAUUUACAAAAGUUAAACGAUCAAUCGUUAUACAUGAAGGAAUCCGAUUCGCAAUUCUUUUUGCAGUUAGUUUUAAGACGGGAACAACAAAAUGCAAGUACUUCUACCGAAAAUCUAAAUGAAAAUUCAAAACCAAAAUGGCUACAUGAAGAUUUUCUAAGUGAUGAAAAAUUUGAAUCACGUACAAAUUUUCCAUUAUGGCGAUGUUUUAUAAAAGGUGUUACCGAUAAACAUGUUCUGCUAACAUUUAUACCAGCAAGUGUCCGUGAUUUGACUUUAUUAAAUUCACCAAUUCAACAAAAUCAAUCGAUCACAAAUCAAAAUUUAAUUUUACCAAUAUUCGUUUACGAUUGUUCGUCGACAAUGCUUAUCAAUAGUUUUAUCAGUAGUCCAAAUCAUGUCGAGAAAAAAUUAAAAGAUAUCGUCGAAGAUCGAACGUGCAAAGGUGUCAAAGGAGUUGGUGGCUAUCAAGAUGAUUGUUUGAAGGACACGGACGAAUGUUUGAAGAAAGCUAAUGGUGAUAAUGAUAAAGUUGAAGAUAAAAUAAGUUUACGACGCGCCUGUCGUAUGAUAGUCUCAGCACAUUCCAAUUGUUUCGUAGCUUGUACAUUUAAAUCGUUACAUUUGAAUUAUCCCGUCCAAAGUGUUGAUGUUCAGGCGGCAGUUGAUCUUUGCGAAAAUACUGUCGUUAGCAUCGAUAUCACUCAAUAUAUUAAGACUGUUUGUGGUCAUGUUAAGUACAAAGAUCCAGAGAGUGUGAUAACCACAACGAAAUUAUUUCAAACGAAUGCUUGCUACGAUUUAAGAUAUUUUCAUGCAAUGAUUAAGGAGAAAUUUAUGAAAACUGUUGAGGAAACGUUUCAAUGUGUACCUUCGAACUCGAAUAUUUAUUAUUGUUCGCCGACUGUUAAAGUUGAUAAACAUAUCGAUGACAGCGAAAGUGAAAAUUGGAGUGAUUUAAGUACAAGCGAAGAUUCCCCAAUUUCAAUAAACAAAGAUAUAAAAAAAUCAUUGAGUGAAGCAUGCUACGAAGAUUUAGUUGAUCCAGAAUAUUUAGAUAAGAAAUCCACUCCGUUAUUUCUACAUUUCAAUUGUACUGUAAAUGGUAUUGGAUCAAUACCGAUUCGAGUUUUACCCACAUGUUUGGGAAAAAUUUUCUACGAAUUACGUAAUAAUUGUGAUACAAUCAAAUUAUCGGAGUUAAAUAUUAAUUUGGAUAUUGUUUGUUCAACAUUACCGAAAAUUGGUGAGAAUGGAUCCGAAGAUAGUGAAAUAUCACGCACUAGGACAACAUCCUUUGAGUCUGCGAGUCCUGUACAACGUAAUAGUUUUAAUUCGGACAGUAGCAUACAUUCGGAUUUGAUUGAAUCUGUGGAAAAUCUUGAUACUCCAAAUCCGAUUGUCUAUCAACAAUCACAAGCGAUAACAACUUUAGAAGAGGAAAUCAAAUGGCAAUUACGUGACGAAAUCGUAACAGCAUUAUUAGACAUGGAACCCGUUACGAAACAAACGUUACAUGAAGUCACCGAACACGUCACGAACAGCAUCAAUAAACCAUCAGGACAAUUAGAUUUGGUCACACUUAAUUUCGUGUAUGGACCAAGCGAAAGUUUGGGGCGUUUUUUGCAAGAGUUUCGUAAAUUACCGGUACCGGAUUAUAAGUUAGUCAAAGAAGGGGAAUUUUAUUUUUUGGCUAAAGAUUAUCCGACAAUAUCAUCGUUAGACUCAAAACGACCUCGUGAUCGUGGACUUAAUAAUCUGACCACUGAUGCUAAACGAAAACAAUUUAAAAUUGAGGAACGUGAGAAGAAGAAAAUCUUGAAUGAAGUUCAAGAUUUAAUGUUAGAUAUUUUAAGUGAGGUUGAAUCCGAUGCAAAUCAUCCAUCGGAUUGUUGUAACUCGAACCACUUUCAAUCCAGUUUCAGUGAAGAAUGUGAUUUGAAUACGGAUCAUGAUUGGCUACUUGAUUUGGAUAAACGACGGAAUAUUUUACCAAAUUUCUGGAUGAUUAUGAAAGUUACCGAAGAUGUUGUCACUGUUUAUUUUCACUGCAGAUUUUUGGAAUUACAUAAAAUGCAAGUGAGCGCAUACUUAGCCGUAAAUCGUUCUGUAAUAUCCGCCAUUAAAACAUUAUGUAAACAUGUGAAUCAAUUUUUAUUAUUACAAUCGUUACAUGAUACACGAACUUGUGAUCGAUUAUUAGAAGCCGAAGAAAUUACUCCCGAUUGGAAUUCACAGACCACAACUCCAGUAAUGACACGAAAUACGUCCUUGGCUCGUUUAAAAAGCGUUGAAGAUACAACAGUUGUGGAGACGAACGACAUGCGUGGACAAGUUGCAUACUUAGAAGCGUCCUUAAAAUACAUGCCAGGAUUUUUUGCAUGUGCAGUUGUCUGGGAGACACAUUUCAGUCUACAUCCACGUUUGAAAACGAGUAAUAAUGUUCGGCCAGGUUUAUCGCGUGGUAUUCAAGCGUUACGCACAAUACUUAGUAAAUUUUCGGUAGUGAAUCGUAGCAACAUGUUUGUAUACCGUGAUAAUUCAUCGAACGUAUUCUAUUUACGUCUAGAUGAAAAUGUUAGUAGUGGGGGUAUGCGAAACACACGAAGUGCAUCGUCCACAGAUGAAAGUAUUGGUCUUGUAACGCGUAGUCCAUCAAUUGCGUCCUUACCAAUUGGUGCACCCAAACAGAAUCCAAAUAACUUGAAUGGAACAUAUCCAAGUCAAGAAGCGGCAGCUAGCAGUAACGGUCCUAGUUUACCACCGGAAGAUACGAUCACGUUAAAAGUGCACGGUGUUACGGGAGCAGGUCGCGAUGUUACCAAUGAUUUGGUGCAAGUGCUACAGAAUCGUCUUGACGAUGCCGUUUUGGAGCUGUUGUCAAUUAUGUUGGAACGAAAUCCUAUGUGUAAAUUAAAUCAGGAAGAUGUACAUUUUUUACAAAAACCGCACCAAUCGCCAGAAAAUAUUUUACGAUUUUCGCUCCAAUACCACACCGCUUACCACUUGGACGCAAUGCAAUAUUACCUCCAACAAAAUUUACUCCAAUUUCUUCACAUUCCAAAGUACACAAGUACAUCAAAUUCAUCACAUUUUCGUGACUGGACCGAACCGGAACAUGUCAAACGAGAAAAUGAGAAAAGUAUCUACUUGUAUAAUCAAAGUGCCGCAUCUGGAAGUCGUGGAAUAGCGUGCAUCGCAUUUGUAUUCCUUACAAAUGUACCAAAAGCAUCGCGAACGGAAAUGAACUUUAGUUUUAAUAUGACCAUCGAUAAUUUCGAGGAAUGCGUAUCAACGAAUGGCAUACAUCCAGAUAGUAUGGGUCCAACGUCGUUGGUUGUUGAAUUUCGAAUAUGGCAGAAAGGACGGGUUAAUAUUGAAACAUUGAGUACACGUUUACGCGCAUCUGUUAGUCACGCUAUGUGGGAUCUGAUUAUGGAAAAACAACAAUUAGGAACUCCUCUUUGCGUUCCAAUACCGCCUGACAUCGAAGUCGAGGAAUUUUACUUGAAUUUAAACAACAACACGUCGUUUUCGAAUCUGUUACGAACCGUAAAACAAACUCAAAUCGCACAUCAACCACAAUCUUUGGAUGGCUUUAAAAAAAAUUUACCGCUCCAUAAAAGCUUAUCAGAUGCAGAAAUCGAAUCGAAAAGUGCAACAAAAGUCGACAACCAAUUUGAAACGGGUGAGAGUGGAAUGCUUCACAAAGUUUACGCGGAAAUUAUGAAACCUUGGAUGCAAUUUGCUGUAAACAUUAAAGUCCCGUCUGUGACAAAGCAUACCGUCACGCUUGCUAUGUCACAUCCGUUGGAUACAAUGAUAGCGGAAUUACAACGAUUUAUAAAAUCACAUACAGCUGAUAUUACAACAAAAUCGUUUUCCGAACAGUGUACAAAAGAUGGCGGCAAUCAAGCCAUUUUUGUACCUUUUGAUUCUCGUCAAUAUUCCAAACAUUGCUUGUUAAUUGGUCGUAAUUUUGAACAAUGGAAAGCGUCAUAUAACCUUCCAAAUGCGAACAUGGAUAUGCUUGAACCAAAAUCAAAUAAGGAAUUGCAAAAAUUUAGUCCUUAUAAUGAGAAUGGCCUUAUUAUCACCAGACAACGUUUGUUAGUCAUUUCAGUCACAUGUCAAAAUAUCACAUUUUACGCAUACAAUUGGUCAAAAGAUCGCCUGGAUAAAUUAAUAACCCAUGGUGAAAAUUUAGGAUUAUGGUUAAGUGCUCGGGUUAGUGUAUUUAAUUCUGUCGUCUCUCAAAAAUUAGGAUUAUUCCAUAAUCAACCAAUAAUUCGAAAAAAUUUGACGCAGCACAAUACAUACAUGCCGAAUGUAACUGAACCAGAAUUUGUAGCACGAUUCCCAUCAAUUGGUUCAUCCACACAUCGUCAAAAGACUGAUCAAUCAGAGAAUGCAAACUCGAAUUCAAACAUGUUAGAAACAUUUCGUGAUACAAACAUGUCCAUUAUUGGUCAUAAGGUCAUUUAUAGUUCAGAUCCAAUUGUUCGCAGUGUUCAAGAAUUACAUCAAUUACGACAAUAUGAUAGAAAAUUUAUCGAGGAACAAAAGAAAUUACAUUCAAUGUGGCAAUCACGCGGAGCUACCACACAAAUCACAAGCGAAGCAUAUAAAAUCCAACUAUUACGUCAACAAUCCCGUGUCAUACAUUAUUGUCAUACACCAUUUUUAUUCUUACCAAAAUGGCGUUUACAAUCAGCUGCAACACGUGACCAUUCAUUGAUGCCAUUAACAGUUAGUGACGUCAUCACGAGCAGUCAAAAUGAACAAUGGCACGAACAAUUGUGUGCAAGUUUCUUUCAACAAUACAAACAAUAUUUACAAACUUUGGGUUUUAUACCGAUACAAAUUAUUGGUAAUUUUGAUAUGAAUCACACGUCAACUGCACCACCUGUUACGAGCAAAAAUAGUAAAAAUACGAAACUGGAUCAUCCGGUACAAACUCAACAUGCUCAUACUCCAAUUCAAUCUGUGACGAAAACGAAUGUUAGCUAUUUACAAAAGUCAAUGUUAGGUGGGAUUUUAGCAUUUGAAUUGUUCUUUUCGGAACCGUUUUUUAUAGCCAAGUUGUAUACGCUGGAGUGCCAACGUAUUCAGAAUAAAACUUCACGUCAGUCUAUGAACCAGUUUAUAUUAAGCUUCUUGGACGAAUGUGAUCGGAUUAAAGUUUUAAUGCAUGUACAUUCGUUUGCAUACGAUUUCCAUCUUCGUAGCGUUCACAGUUACGUGUCAAAUGAUUUAGCCGAAGAAGCGAAAUUAUGUGAUGGAUAUCAUUUAACAAAUUUUUUAGAUGAUUUCAUGAAAUACUAUUCAAAGGGUCCAAAUUACGCCCGGAAUUUAGUUUUCUCAGAAAUAAUCCCAAUAAAUAAUUUAAAAACAAAUCCAAAACAAUUGUACGAUUAUUUGUUGAGUCACGAGAAGCAUUAUCACAUGACCACGUAUUCGAUGAGCGGUGAAAAUGAGAUCAUUAACUUAGCAGAAAAUGAGUACGUUCUGGUAGAAGUUACAAGUUCUCCACCAUUUUCAUACAAAGAUUCCCAAGAUCGUCAACACACCGGUGAUUUGGACAUCACUUUAAUUGUAUCAUACUACGAUGGUCAACCGAAAAUCAAUACCGAGAACACCUUGUACCUAAAAUAUUAUCUAAUUUUAACAUCACGCCAUGAAAUCUAUCCGAAACCAGAAGUUGAACGUACACUUGGCAAAUUUCGUACAGUUACGUCAACUAGUUCCAAUUCUGAGUAUCCACCAAAAUUACGGACACGUUCGCCGAACACAGAUUCCGAGAUUAAUACAUCAUUGGCCCAAGAAAUGAUCGAGGAUGAUAGUGUUACGAUGGAAGUGACGUCGGUCUUAACAGAUUCACAAUCAACGGAUACUGAUAAGGCGGAUAAUUUUAAUUUGAAUGAAAUUUUUGCGGAUUUCCCACAGGAUAAUACGGUCUUAAAUAUUGGAUCAACUGAAAAGGAUUCCAAAAUUCCUUUAACAUUACAAAUUAGACAAGAAUCCGUAAACUAUUUAGGAUAUUAUUCAUCCCACGAACAAUUAAUGCAACAAUUAAUUCACACAUGCGCAGAAACAACACGAACUAAAAUCAAGAAUAUGAUAUCACGUGGUAUGGUCCAUUGUCGUACCCAUUUACUAUGGAACAAACUGGUAUCGAAACCAGAAACUAGUCAAUUAACGUACGCUGAAUUUAUGGAAUUACGUGAUUUAACACGAUUAGAGAAAAUUAGUGAUAUUGAGCCGUUGUUGAAGCCGCUUUUAAUGAAACAACCAAUAUCAUGGUUUCAACAAUUUGCUAAGAUUUUAACAGCGAAAUAUAUGGAUCAACAUCGGUAUUUUGUAUCGCCUGACGGUAAUGUUCAACAUUAUGUCGUUUUACAUCCAAGAUAUUCGGGUGCUUUCAUGAUGCUCUCCAUGAAUUUACAUUCUGGCCAAAGAGAAUUAUAUGCUGCUUACAGAGAACCAGCCCAAUUAGAACCAUCGGACAUAACAAUUGAAGAUCGGAAAUUUUUAAUAAACGAUUUUAUCAACUGUAUUGGUUUUCAUGUUUGGGUCGGUAUGGUUACAUAACAUGUAACUAUAAACCACCCCGUUCUCUUCGCUUAUGAAGUAUGAUUCAACAAUAUGAGCCCAUGAGACCAUGAGAGUUCAAAGUAAUUCGUUUUUCUAUUGUUUUUUUUAUUUUUAUUUUUUGUUAUAUAUAUAUUGAUUAUCGAUUAGACAUCGAUAGCGAUUUGAUGAGUUUAAUUAA